GUUGCGCUGUCGUACACAGAGACGAGGCAUACCACCCGACAGAGCCAUUGAAUGCUUCUACACAUUCGGAGACCCACGGCCGUGGCGACUCUCGCUUGUUUGCUGCCGGUCUCACAAUCUUUCUUCGCCGGAACCACAAUCGUGGGAAUUCCUCGACAUCACCACAACAAGGGCCACAAUUCGCGGCGAACGCUGCAUGGUGCGACGAUGACGAGCAUGAUGUCGGCGGGUGGUACCGCUGCUGGUGGUAGUGCUGCUGCUCUAAAAGGUGCCGCUGGAAUCGUAUGGUUCAAGUACUCGGACCUACGUCUGGAAGAUCACGAGCCUCUAGCCCUGGCUCAUCGAGAAAGCGCCCAAGUAGCGCACGUUUUCUGCAUCGACGAUCGAUGGUUUGGGCAGACCAGGCGUGGGACAAACAAGAUGUCCGCAGCCCGCUGCCGCUUCCUCCUCGAGAGCGUCGCCGACCUGCGGGCCCGCCUCAGGGAGAGAGGGUCCGAUCUGCUGGUGCGAAGGGGACACCCUGAAGACGUCAUCCCCGCGCUGGCCGCGAGGCUGGGGGGCGGUGCGGCGGCAGCGGUUACUCUCUUCACGCACACCGACGUCUGUUCCGAGGAGGCGGACGUGCACUCGGCGGUCAAGUCGGCGCUGGCGGCAGCGUCUUCUGCCGGUAGCGGCGGUGGCGCCGCUGUUGCGGUGAAGGAGGCGUGGGGCAACACCUUGCACGACGUGGCCGACCUGCCGUUCGACUUUCCGAGCGGCGUCCCGGAAGUCUUCACGCAGUUCCGCAAGUCGGUGGAGUCGAAGUACUCGUGCAAGAUGCGACCGCCGGUGCCCCUGCCAAGCCCUUUCCGCCCCGUACCCACCGGCACCACCCAAGACGACGGCGAAGCGUCAGCGCCCGGCGCGAUCCCCACGACGGAAGAGCUUGGCCUCGGCACGGCGCCUGAGCGAGACGCCAGGUCGGUGCUUCCCUUCAACGGGGGCGAGACGGCGGGGCUCAGGCGCGUCCAAAGUUACAUCUGGGACGAGGACCGCUUGCGCGAGUACAAGGUGACCCGCAACGGUCUGCUCGGGAGCGGCUUCUCGUCCAAGUUCUCACCGUGGCUGGCCCUUGGGUGCCUUUCCCCCAGGACGAUCGUCAAGGAGGUCAGGAAGUACGAGAAGGACCGAGUCGCGAACGACUCCACCUACUGGCUCAUAUUCGAGCUCCUGUGGCGAGACUUCUUCCGGUACAGCGCGGUCAAGAAUGGCAACUCCAUCUUCCACCUGGGCGGCCCGCGGCGAGAUGCCGGGAGGCAGAGAUGGCUCGACGACGCCGGCUCCCUGGAGGCGUGGAAGGAGGGGGAGACCGGGUACCCAUUCAUCGACGCCAACAUGCGGGAGCUCAAGGCCUCUGGCUUUAUGUCCAACAGGGGGCGGCAAGUGGUGGCGAGCUUCUUCACGAGAGACUUGCAGAUGGACUGGAGGCUAGGGGCCGAGCACUUCGAGGAGUACCUCUUGGACCACGACCCGGCAUCCAACUGGGGAAACUGGAACUACGUGGCCGGCGUAGGCAGCGACCCUCGAGAGGACCGCUAUUUCAACAUCGAAAAACAGGCCAAGACGUACGAUGCAGACGGCGCGUACAUGCGUCACUGGCUACCGGAACUGGCCGUGCUCCCAACCACAGCCCUCCAGACUCCGGGCGGAAUAACAACGAUGCUGCGGCACAUGCACGCCAUCCCAACUAGCGUGUACCCGGACCCCAUCGCCCCUCUGAAGUUUUCCAAAGCAGGCGGUGGAAGGGGCGGUGGUCGGGUGGGAGGUGAUGGGCGGGGUGGCCGCGGAGGGGGGGGCAGAGGUGGAGGAGGGAAAAGGGGCGGCGGCGGGAAAGGGGGCAAUUCCGGCAGGAAGUUUAAGGCGUCCCGCUUGCAGACCUGAGUAUGUGGUGCUGGGUUCUCAGGACAGGGCUGACCUGUGAGCACGAGAGGCCUCGUGUGCGGCCAUUGCUGUUGAUACGUGUAGUGUUAUGCUCAAUUCAGCGUGUCUUCUCAUCCAAAAGGAUAUUCGGGUUCGCCAGCCAAUGCGUCGUCGGUUUCGGCGAUAUCGAGUGCCGCGCGUGACCGCUGGAUGGGGUUCGUGGAUUGAGGGAUUCUGAAACGGAUUUCGCUAUUUCAGUUAAAGACGCAAGUAUGUCGUGGUGAAGGUAUUGACAUCAAUGGUUCUUUGGGGGAGCGUUUUGUGUUUUUGUAAAGUGAUGCAUUGUGAAGUUACGGGUAAUCGGUGCUUGAUGCACAGCAUCUGUCGAAGACCCACGAAAAUGAUUUGUCUACAUGCGCGCCCUCACAAGGUCCAUUCGC